GCCGGGAAAGAGAAGGGGACAAAACAAGGAAAAGCACACAGGAGACGAAGACGGACGGCGUUCACCUGGCUGGUGGGUGUCUCUGACAUGGACAUGGAUGUCCCGGAGUCUCCGCAAGGGAAUUUGGGACUGUUGAGGAACUUUGAGUCCUCUGAAUUCAGCAGCUGGGAGAAGAUUGGCUCGGGUGGAUUUGGACAAGUAUACAAAGUUAGGCAUGUUCAGUGGAAAACAUGGCUGGCUAUCAAGUGUCCCCCCUCCCUUCACAUGGAUGACAAGGACCGCUCUGAGUUGCUUGAGGAGGCUAAGAAGAUGGAAGCUGGCAAAUUCCGAUACAUCCUUCCUGUGUAUGGGAUCUGUGAGGACCCUCAGGGCCUGGUCAUGGAGUACAUGGAGACCGGUUCUCUGGAAAACCUGCUGGUCUCUGAGCCGCUGCCCUGGGAGCUUCGUUUCCGCAUCAUCCAUGAGACGGCGGUGGGAAUGAACUUCCUGCACUGCAUGAACCCACCGCUGCUCCACCUGGAUCUAAAGCCUGCCAACAUCUUGCUGGAUGCCCACUAUCACGUAAAGAUAUCGGAUUUUGGUCUGGCUCGGUGGAACGGACUGUCUCGGGCUGAUGACAUCAGCAGAGAUGGCUUCUGUGGUACCAUCGCCUACUUGCCCCCUGAGAGCAUCAUAGAGAAGGAUCGGGUGUCAGACACCAAGCAUGACGUCUACAGUUUUGCUAUAGUGAUCUGGGGAGUGCUCACUCAGAAGAAACCCUACCAAGGAGAAAACAACAUCCUGCAGCUCAUGGUCAAAGUGGUGAAAGGGGUUCGUCCCGACCUGAGCACGCUGCCUCGGAGUCGACCCUCGGCUUGUGCCGGUUAUCUGAGCCUUAUGCAGCGCUGCUGGGCUACAAACCCAAACGACAGGCCGCCCUUCCACGAAAUUACAUCAGAAGCUGAGGAGCUCUGCUCUAAACCUCAAGAAGAGACCAGAACCUCAAGGUUAUCAUCAGAACCAGUACCCACAUCUGCGAACCCACUCACCAAUGACCAGGGUAAUGUCACCAAACCGGUGCGUCCAAAGUCGGCCAUGUUGCCAGAAAAAGACUGCAGCCUGUCGGAGCUGCUGAGCCAGGUGGAUUCUGGGAUCUCUAGGAGCUUUGAUCGAGUGAAGGAAGACGGCUGCCACAGCAAGGAGAAUACCUGUAAGAGACUGUCGGGCAUCUCUUCUGCAGACUCCGCCUUCUCCUCCCAGGACUCCAUCACCCUGUCCUUCGAGAAGGAAAACACUGUUGAUUCAGCUGAAGUCCAGAAGAAGAAGCUUUGUGAGGCAAUCAGAACCAAAGAUACUACCAAGUUGAUGAAGAUCCUGCAGCCUCAGGAUGUUGACCUUCUCUUGGACGAAGGAGGGAGCCUGCUCCACCUCGCCAUCAGUUUGGGGAAUGAAGAGGCAGUUAAGUUCCUCCUCCUGAACCACGCGGAUCCUAACCUUGCCAAUGACCGUGGCUCCACCCCCCUUCACCUGGCCACAGAGAAGCACCAGAAGUCUCUAGCCGAGCUUCUGCUAAACCGGCGCAGCGUCAGCAUCAACGCGAAAGACGAGGACCAGUACACAGCUCUUCACUGGGCAGCUCAGAAUGGGGAUGAGGCCAUGACACGGAUGCUUCUGGACCGGGGGGCGGCCAUCAAUGAGACCGACGGACAGGGACGCACACCGGCCCAUGUAGCAUGUCAGCAUGGUCAGGAGAACGUCAUCAGGGUACUGCUGAGUCGUGGGGCUGAUGUUCAGAUUAAAGGCAAGAACAACUGGACUCCACUGCACUUCGCUGCCUGGCAGGGGCAUCUGAGUAUCGUCAAGCUGCUGGUGAAGCAGGCCGGGUCCGACAUUGACGGCCAAACCACCGACGGUCGUACACCUUUGCACCUAGCUUCCCAGAGGGGUCAGUAUCGAGUGUCUCGGAUCCUGAUUGAGCUAGGAGCAGAUGUCCAUGUGAUGUCAGCUGGGCUAAACACGGCGCUGCACGUGGCAGCAGAAACGGGCCAUACCAGCACCUCUCGUCUGUUGAUCAAACACCAGGCAGACAUAAACGCUCAGAAUGCCCAUGGACUCACACCUCUCCAUCUGGCCUCGCAGCGAGGACACCUGGCCACAGUCAAGAUGUUGGUCACAGAGGGUGCAGACCUCUACAUAUCCAACCAAUCCCAGCGCACGGCCUGCCACCUGGCAGCUGAGAGCGGACACAGCGAGGUUCUGAAAGAGCUGCUUCUUCACUGUCCAGAUGGUGGCACACUUUCAGAUCAACAGGGGCUCAGCCCACUGCACCUGGCAGUGCAGGGCGGACAUUCUGACGUCACCAAGCUGCUGCUGCCAUACAACUGUCGGGGCUUAGUUAAAGAAAGCACAGUGCAGCCAGCAGCGCAGGGGGGGACCAUGGCGCAGCGGGAGGACAUGGUGCAGGAGGAAGCUACGGCUCAGCGAGAGGCCACGGCUCAGGGGGUGACCACGGUGCGGCGGGAAGCCACGGCUCAGGGGGUGACCACGGUGCGGCGGGAAGCCACGGCUCAGGGGGUGACCACGGUGCGGCGGGAAGCCACGACUCAGAGGGUGACCACGGCACAGCAGGAGGCCAGGUUGCUCCAGAGGAAAGUUGUUAUUCUCAAACUGACAGAGCACAAGGACCGGGAACCCCCACUCCGAACAGUGCCUCAGCUCUGACCUAACAGAGUCAGUCUGCUGGGUUUGUAUAGAACCGUUUCCAAACAUUUGAUUCCAGCUCAUCUGUUCCCUCACACUUUGAGAUGGGGGGGCUUUAAGUUCUUCUGUAAAUAUGUAAACAGGUGACACCCUCACCCCAGGUUACAGCAGGCCCUUGUUUUUGAGCUGACUGGGCCCUGAUCUUACUGCAUGUGUUCAGAAUCAGGACCUUUAAGCCUUGAUGUUGACUGCUUCUGCAGCCCCACCUGGAGACUUAUUACCUGUUUGGCUCUACUUGGGACCAUGCUUGGGUUGGCACAGACCAUGGGAACUGCCCCUGAGGGGGAUCACAAGCUGGAAGAUGAUGGAUGGCUGAGAAGGGAUGCUGACGUACUGCCGGCAAUUCCAGCCUGUUGGCUAAUUCCUGAGACCACUUUUAACUUUUCAUCACUCUGUAAAACCAACACGCCUCCAGGGCACAGCUUUUUGCAACGUGAGAAAGUUUGUGCUGCUGGCUGGUGUUUGUGAUGUUUUUUUUAAUAGCUGGAGCUAGUUUAGACCCAGAAAAGCUGUGUAACUCGAUGCGUAUGUUGUGUACAAAGCUCUAUUCUGCCUGUUGCCAGAUGAAACUCUUCUUCUCCAGCUGAGGGAGGAUAAUGGAAGCUUGUUCUAGCUUGGCUUCCAUCAUCUGUCCAGCUUGCUGCUUAGUUGGAAAUAAACGAAGGUUGGUUUUAUGA